GCCGUCCAGCAACAUGCUCAGAACAAGCUCCUCCGCCGACACGCAGCAGCUCUCCCGCAGGAGUCCCAGCGCGUGUUUUCCCGCCGAGCGCUGCCCCCGCCGGCCAGCAUGACUCCGGCCGUGGCCCCCACCACCGCCGUCUACAUCGGCGUGGAGGCGGUGAUCGCGCUCUCCUCUGUGGUGGGGAACGUGCUGGUGGUCUGGGCGGUGCGCAUCAACCGCUCUCAGAGGAACACCACCUUCUGCUUCAUCGUCUCGCUGGCCUUGGCGGACAUCGCGGUGGGGGCUCUGGUCAUCCCGCUGGCCAUCACCCUCAGCAUCGGACUCCAGACUCACUUCUACAGCUGUCUGCUGGUCGCCUGCACCAUGCUGGUGCUGACCCAGAGUUCCAUCCUGGCGCUGCUGGCCAUCGCCAUCGACCGGUACCUGAGAGUCAAGAUCCCCAUGAGCUACAAGCAGGUGGUGACCCCUCGCCGGGCAGGGAUGGCCGUGUUGCUGUGUUGGCUGGUCUCCAUCGUGGUGGGCCUCACGCCCAUGUUUGGCUGGAACAACCUGGAAAGUCUGCGGCGGAACAGCUCGCUGCUGACGGACGACCUGCGGGUGAAGUGCGAGUUUGAGACGGUCAUCAGCAUGGACUACAUGGUUUACUUCAACUUCUUCGGGUGGGUGCUGCCGCCGCUGCUCCUCAUGUUGGCCAUCUACGUGGAGAUCUUCUACAUGAUCCACAAGCAGCUGAACAAGAAGGUGACUGUCAGCCACGCCGACCCCAGCCGCUACUUUGGCAAGGAACUGAAGCUGGCCAAGUCCCUGGCGCUGGUCCUCUUCCUCUUCGCUGUCAGCUGGCUUCCUCUCCACAUCCUCAACUGCAUCACUCUCUUCUGCCCCUCCUUUAAAAUGCCAGCGUUUCUUCUGUACAUCGCCAUCAUCCUCACGCACGGCAACUCCGCCGUCAACCCUGUGGUUUACGCCUUCCGCAUUAAGCAGUUCCGCAGUGCGUUUAGGAAAAUCUGGAAGCUGUACUUCCUGUGUCAGGAUCCUGUGGGUCGGCUUCCUCAGCGAGGGAGCCAGAGAGGGAGGAGUCGCGAGCAGCGGCUGAAGCAGAAUGAGGACGACGACGAUGCCGACAGUGUGUGACCUUUGACCUCAGAUGAAUGUGACAGGGUUCGAUAUCACGCCUGGGUGUGACCCUCGUUUCAAGGAGUGAGGACCUGACGUUGCCAGAGUGUUGGGCAGCUGUGUCCCGUGAGGAUGACGUCAUGGGACGUGAGCGAUGGACAUGAUGCUGGACUGACAAGGUUCAGGUGGUUAAGGUCUGCUGCUCUCUUGACAGACAAAGGUGUCCAAACUUGAGUUAAUAGCAGUAGAUCAGUAACACAAUUUUUAACUCCAAUGUUGACAAGGCAAAGUGAAGAUUGUGUUAAAAUAACUGUUUUUCAGCACUAGUGUGCAAUUCUCCGCUGAACUAAGACUUGAAAGUAUAUGCCGUGUGUUGCUUAUCAUGUAUGAAUACACUAACAUCGUGUCCACUUGUUUGUGUUCCUCCCUGUGCGUCACCCACUUCUUCACACUGAGCUGUUGGAUCUACAUGGAAAUAAUGUGAAGCGCCUCGGCUGCCAAAACAAACUAGGAAUGUUCUGGCGCCACCUGUCGUGGAAAGUGGGAUGAGGAGCAAGUCUCCUCUGUCCAUCUCUCCCCAGAAACCUCCUUCAGGAGGGACACAGUGGUGUUCCCAGGCUGUCCAACAAAACCGUGCUCAAUGUUGUGUGCUUGUCAAUAAGGUGUGAACUAUUUAACAAGAA